AUGCCACCUACUCGGAAAAUUCGCCCAGAGGUUUGGGAAAGGCACAAAAGAACGAUCCUUGCUCUCUGGUUGAAUGAGAAAUUACCCCUUAAAGGAACUGGUGAGAAUGGGAGAAAUCUGAUGCAGGUCAUGCAAGAGGAGCACGACUUUCGCGCAACAGCCUCUCAGUAUGAAACCAAAAUUAGAUUAUGGGGUGCUGCUAAGAAUCUAAAGAAGCGCGAUUGGGAAACCAUUCUGCCACUCUAUAAUGAGCUAGAGAGGCAGGGACAUGCUCCUCGGGUACGGGUUGGAGAGCAUAUUUUUACGGAAAGCAAAGUCAAGAGAGCUCGUCGAGAGUAUUUGAGAGCGGGUCUUGUGACUAAUGGGGAUAUUUCGGAACAAGCUCCCUCCUCCGAUCAGACACAGGCACACCUUUGGCGUAUAGAAGUCCGACAGGAUGAUGGCCAGUAUUCGGAAUAUUCCAAUAAGUGUUUGGAUAGUAAAUCCCUUAGAAUCACGAAUUCUUCAACCAUCGCCCAUGGAUUUAUGCGAAAUGAUAUCCCUAUCACCAGUGACCAAGGGCUACAUACUGAACCUCCUUCACCCCUCGGCAUUUCGUCUUUAAGAAACGCAACCGAAAUGGAGUCCAUGGAUUAUCACCUUCUUUUUAACUCACAGGAUGGUCCUAGCUUUCCAAAUCCAGAUCAGCAAAUCAGUUCUGUUCUUGAGUCAUAUACACUUCCCCAUACGCUGGAUAUCGAUUUUGACGGGGAUGCUCUGUCAAGCGCAUGGAACAAUGAGAUCGAGAAUCCUAUCUCAUAUAUGCCCUUUUCAAUGAGCCCUCCAAGAAUUUCCCUCAACGACCAAAUUGAGUCCAUUCUUCGGAACAACCUUCCGAGCGUUCAGUCACCAAAGCACGUUGGCCUCAGCUCUCCCUCUUUAUCGACGGUAGUUGAGCAACUGCGCUCUCUGCCUGUAGAAAAUAUUUGUAGCCAAGACCUUGCAGCCAGCUCAACACCAGCUUCUUCCGAAAAUAUUUCCAUACGGGAAUUUUCUGGAAGAAUUCUCUAUUCCAUCGCUAACAACUUCGCUGGCCUCGAAGGUGUCGAUUUUGCGACCAUUUUUAGCCUUCUGGGGCUUGUUCCGGGGAUGAAGUCUUACUUUCUGGAGUGGCUACGUUCAGACAACCCCAUGGUUUCAAAACCGCUUGCUAAGAAUCUAUUUCGCGCUGCUAUAGAAGCCGGAAAUGAACAAGUGGUCAAUAUUAUACUAAAAACAACUUCCAAUAGAAUCAACAAGAUUGAUGUUGAUGAAACAAUUCUUUGCGAUGGGGCCAGGUAUUCGCCAAUCGCGUUGGCAUCUUCUCGAGUCCACCCAGGAAUCGUCAAUGCUCUUCUCCUUCAUGGCGCCAAAGUCAGAAUCCCCGACCGGGCCUCCGAGGGAGUGGAAUUCUAUGGUUGCCCACUCAAGGUCAUCCUUGAAACAUUGAACUUAAAGCUCGACCACCCAUUGGAGAAACAAGUCAUACAGAUCUUUGAAUUAAUAGCCAUUCACGGACUGCCAGAUGCCCCAGAGUUUUUUGCCUUUAUUUUAUAUCGCAUACAAAAGACCAAUCUCUUGGGUAUGGGAACCCAAAAUUACUAUAGAAUUUCACAAAAAAUGGGAAGCAAACUCCUAGAAAUUCUCUUUCCAACAAUUCCCAAAGAACGUUAUCCCGAGCUUCUCAACCGUAACAUUGGCGGGAAGCCAAGAAAAUUUGCAAAGGCUAUUCAGCCUCUUCUAUAUAAGAUUAUAAAAGAAUUGGAAAACCGAAUUGCGAACAAUAUUGCUCAAAGCCUUUUGAGCACGUAUGUUGAUAUUCAAUUCGGGCUUUCAUCCGUGGGAGAUCAUUCUGAAGGAUUGAAGGAAGCGCUUAUUCUUGCCAUUUUAAGAAACAACGUUGAGCUCACAGAGUACCUUUUGGGUCUAAUCAAGCCAGACGAUAGACACCUCACAGCUGCGGUUCACGUGGGGAACAUUGCCUUAAUAGACUCUAUCUUAGGCCAUGGCGUUUGUGCUCACGGAAGAAUGCUGUGUUCUAGGCAUCUACAUUAUGCAUCCGCUGAUUCUCACUGGUGGACCAAAGAAGAAACGGGUAUAGAAGACACGGAUAGAAAAUGCCCAGUUGGCCGUGAAAAAGAACAAUUCUGCAAACCAACAACGCCGUUAGCCGAAGCCAUCCGCCUGCAAAACACUGAGCUCAUUCAUCGACUUGAGAACUGCGGGGCACUCGAUGCACUAUCUGAGAAAGGGCAACUUCAUUUCGAAGCCGCAGCCCGGGCAUCGGGUGAAGUUGGCAAUUUCUCCUAUCUCAAAGAGCUUCUUAAUUCGAAUCCUCAUCUCACUUCAAUCAGUUUGUUGGGUCCCAUUCAGAAUGCAAUAGAAUCUGGGCACUUUGAGGUCGCUUGGAACUUGAUAACUCAAUAUCCCAAAGCGGGCAGUAAUAGAAAAACAAUGGAUACGCCCGAAGUCAGAUCCCAUAUGAAGAAUAUAUUAUCUGCAAUUAUACGAAACCAUGGGGGCCUCGAGUUCCUAGAACAGGUUAUGGAAUAUUGGAACUACUUUGCAUACGAUAAGAGACCAAACGGGGAUGAUUUACUUGUGGAAGCUGUCCGGAUUGGAGACAAGCGAAUUGUUGAAUACUUUGUCCAUCUGGAUCGCAGCUCUUUAUCUCGCUUUACGGUAUUAGAAUCACCCCUUGAAGCUGCGGUCAGAAAACAUAACGCCGAGCUUGUGAGGCUCCUUCUGGAGUGGGCUGCUCCUCCUCAGGACCUCGGGAAGGCGGUUGCAACAGGAGACGAGGCCAUCGUGCGCCUUUUCCUACGCUACGGAGCAGAGCCAGCAGAUGAAGAAGCAUUUUCAGAAGCCGUCAAAAGCAGCAACAAGUCGCUUCUUCUCAUACUCAUUUCCGCAUUUUCUUCAAGGUAUCCAAAUGGGAAAAGAGGUUUUGGUGGACAGGCUCUAAUUAUCUCGAUCCAAGCUAGGGAUAUCACCACCCUAGGCCUCCUCCUCCAAGCAAAACUAGACGUUAAUACUCCCUUUUCUAGAGGCCCCUAUGGGGGACACGUUCUAAUUAGGGCUAUCAAAAUGUUAGAGGAGAACGAUACGAUCCUUUAUCCCAUAAUCCGUCGAAUCCUCGAGGCAGAUGCAGAUCCAGAAGCAGCUGAUCACGUACAAGGUAAACGCGUCAGCGCACUCUCACAAGCCAUCAUAUCGAACAAUAUACCUAUGGUAGAGCUAUUACUAGGCAAAGGAGCCGACAUCAAUCGACCAGCAAAACGGGGUCUGAAACGCACACCUCUUCAGCAAGCUUGUGAACAGGGUGGCUUUCAGAUGGUGAAAUAUCUGCUAGACCGAGGCGCAGACAUUCACGCCCCUCCGGCGGUAAACGGUGGCGCAACUGCCCUACAACUUGCAGCUAUCCAAGGCAAUGUGAGAAUUGUCAGGCUUCUUCUAGACCUAGGAGCCAAUAUCAAUGAGGCGCCUGCUGCUGUCAAUGGACGUACCGCCCUCCAAGGGGCAGCUGAGCAUGGACGAGUCAGCGUACUUGAUUUACUGCUUGUAGAAGGUAAGGGCAUUUAUACAUCAACUGAUAUCGAGAGCGCGGGCAAGUAUGCAGAGAGAAACGGGCAUCAGGGUUGUGAGCAUAUGCUCAGGCUUGCUCGCUUUAGGAUUGGUAGGGAGGCUAUUUUGUAA